AUUAUCAUGACGACCGCCACUGGAGCAACACCGUAUAUUGUGGCUAAACAGACAAAGCCGUGACGUCACUGGGCAAACCCCCUAGAGCAGUGGUCAGUGGAAUAUACCGAGUGUCAUGUUAAAUAUGUGACUGCGUGUGUCCAGGUGAUCUUCUCUGAAGGGAAUUCUGAAGUGAGAGCAUGUAAAUACUGGAAUAGUAAUAAGCUCCGGAAAAGUUGCCGUUCCAGAAAGCAGGCGCUGGCUCGUGAUGGAGGCUUGGAAGCAACUUGUCAUUCUUUUUGCUUCAAUAACGGUGUCUCGUGGCGUUGUUUUCUUCCCGGGAACCAGGCCGGGUGGUAACUCAGACGGGGGAAAUUUCCCCGCAACUGGGGGAAGUUUUCCGUCAGGUGGGGGAAAUUUCCCGUCUGGUGGGGGGAGUUUUCCGUCAGGUGGGGGAAAUUUUCCGUCAGGUGGGGGAAGUUUUCCGUCAACAGAUUUCUUUCCUCCGCUUGGUAGCAACUUCCCCAUCCAGGGGCAAACGUUUUUUGUGCCCUGUGAUUCGCAAGUCGAGGUCUUUCCUGGCGUAUCCUACAGCAUAAGGAGUCCUGGGUAUCCUUCUCCUUCGCCUCCUUGGACACUCUGCCGAUGGUACUUCUAUACCCGGGAUGUUUCGCGACGUUUGGCGAUCACUUGCCAGGACUUCUCCCUGCCAGCCUCGUCUGACUGCAGGACCGGGUCUUUUCUAGCCAUCGAUUCUGGCAAUAAUGCGUAUCAGUGGUUCUGCGGUGAGAACGGACCUCAAAACGUAGCCUCAACAUCCAACAUCCUGGAGGUGGUCUUCUGGAGCAGCUGGGUCACCUCCGCCGCCUCCAAGGGGAUCAGCUGCACGGUGGGAAUCGCUUCCGCCGCUACUGCUUCUCGCGUCUGUAGGUGCGGCCAGCGUGGUACGAACAACCGUAUAGUGAGUGGACUGGAAACCAACAGGGUGGUGGGUGGAGUGGAUGCCCGUCUGCAUGAGUUCCCUUGGCAAGUGCUGCUGAUUCUGCCCGAAAACAGAUUCUGUGGCGGCGUCCUCAUCAACGAACUCUUCGUCCUCACGGCCGCCCACUGCAUACGCCCACCGGCCCUCUCAGGAACCGCCCUCCCCGAAGUGGUGGUCGGCGAGCACGACCGAUCACGAGCCGACGAGACCGCGUCCACCAGGAGGCUCUCCGUCUCGAGGGUGAUCGUGCACGAGAACUACAACGCCUCGGCCUCCAGCGAGAACGACAUCGGCCUCGUGCAGCUAGCCUCCGCCCUCGACUUCACGGCUACUUGGCCCGACGUCGCCCCUGCGUGCCCCCCCGACGCCCUCAGCGCCUACGACAACGCCACCGUCACCGUCGCAGGGUGGGGUUACCUAAGUUACCCCACGAAUCCGACGUUGCCAAGGGUCCUGCAGAGGGUGGACGUCCAGACGGUGCCCGUGAGUGAGUGCAUGACGCAAUAUAAAAAGGGAAAAGUGACGAGCAAUAUGAUCUGUGCGUCGGCUCCAGGGAAGGACGCGUGUUUUAGCGACAGCGGGGGCCCCCUGAUGGUGCAGCAGAACGACCACUGGGCGGUGGUCGGCAUCGUCUCCUUCGGGCCAAACGCCUGCGCUCAGCCUGGCGUCGCGGGCGUUUACACGAGGGUGGGAAAUUAUCUCCCUUGGAUUGUUCGUAAUAUUGGCAACGCUCGUACGUGUCCUCCCUGAUCCACGUGUCCUCCCUGAUACAAGACACACAUAUAUAUCUUCCCUGAUACGUGGAGUCUUCCAUAUACAUCUGUCCUUCGUGUGAAAUUCCUGAUCCAUGUGUUCUACCUGAUACAGUGUCCUGAUAUAUGUGUCUUCUCAAAUACACGUAUACUCCCGCGUGUCCCUUCCCUAGUAUAUGUGUCCUUUUUAACACAGCGUCCUCUCUCGUGCGCUUAAGAUACGUUUAUUGUCCCCAACAUAAGCGGACUUAUUAAUACACAUGUCCUGGUGUAAUGUCAGUAUAUUAAACUGUGUACUUUGUGCCUUCA